GCCAGCACUGCAGAGAGCAAGGUUGUCUGCACCGCUGGUUGUCGCCAGGGUGGGUUGAGAUGUAGUUUACGUCGUUACUAGGCAGCGGGGUCGGCUCUGCGGAUAGAAACGUCUCGCUGCCUCUGAGUGAAGUAAUCACACGGACUGGACACAACACUAGCGGACACGGUCUGACUUCUUCAGCGGGGAGGAACCAUCCCCGUCAACAUGGCGUCCUCAAGCGACAUAAAAGAAAAGCUGCGGAAGAAGGGACGUGCUCUGCAGGAAACUCUGGGAAAAACCCGACAUGAGGACGACGUCCAGGCUCUGGUUCCGUCCGCCAGGUUGGGUGAAGGGAAACGACACACCACGAUGAAGGAACUUCAAGACGGUGGGGGAGACAUGGGAGAGACACUGAAGCGCAGAUUCAAGGAGCAGAGACGGAGGCGAAAGACAAAGCUGCUUGAGCAGUCUGCAGCCCAGGAGUCCCAUGAUGAUGUGGAGGAGAUAUCCAGCAUCCAGCACCACAGCGAAAAUGAGGAAUCAUCUGAGAAGGCAGCAGAGCCAGUUGUUGGUUCCAGACCUCCAACUGGUUCUCAGAGAGGUCUCUCCUCAGAAAUGCAGCAUACUACUGGUUCUCAGCAUUUAGACAGCUCUGUCAAAAAAUACUUGGAAGAGAGACUGAGAGCAGCAAUGUCUAAAGGUCAGAGCCUUCAGCAGGAGAAGGCCUCUCCAGAGCCAGCCAGUCGCUUACAGAGCUUCAGAGACAGAGACACUGUAACCAGGUUUGACAGAGAGGUUGAACCAGACAAAGCUGGAAGACAUAAUGUCCCUCCGGACCUUAGCAACAGGGUCAAGUUACGAGAAGCAACAAGACAAACAGAAAAAGGAUUCCCAACUGCUGAAGAAGCAUACAAAUUCUUUACAUUCAACUUUGAGCCAGAUCCACAACAUGACACAGAGAAGAUUAACAGGAAAAGACAAAAACAAAAUAAAACAACAGAGGACAGAGACGAAGAAGGGGGACAUGAAGCUCAAGAUCAAGAAGAUGGUGACAUAGAUGAGGACAAUCAAGAUGAAAAUGAAGACACCAACAAUAUUAGUGAAGAAGUUCCUUUGGUUCGAGGUGAAGAGGAAGAUUUAUUCCUCAUUGAAAAGUCGUCCCAAGACUUCCUGGAAGUGAGAAAAGCAGAGUAUGUUGGGUAUCAAAAACGUAUCCAGAGAGAAAGAGAAAGUGAGCUUCUCUUUACACCAAGUUCUCGACCAGUGCCAACAUCCAUUAAACUACCUGAAAACAUGAGGCCCCGUUAUCUCGAGGAUGAGGGUCUGUAUGUGGGAAAGAGGCCCUCUAUGUCCCAGAAUAAUGAGAACAUUCUGGAGAGCCGCAUUUUAAAAAUGGAAGAGGGAAAGAAGUGGAUCGGAGAUGAUGGCAGGAUCAUGGCUCUGCCGGACCCCAUUAAGGAAUCAUCCACAAGACCCCCUCUCUUCCACAUGGAGGAGGACCUGGACCCUGCUCUGCAAACUCAUCACCCACUCUUCAGUCGCGAACAUGUCCUGGGAGCCCGUCUAGCUCAGCUGUAUGAUCAGUACCUCACCAGGCAGCACAAUAACCUGACAGGACACUUGACUGACAAGUUGAAUGGGUUGAGGAGUGCCCUGCGAAAUAUCCUUGAGAUCCAUGAUGGCCAGAGCCUCACUCAGGCCAUGCAGCAGAGGAUAUCUGAUUACAGUCUGGAGGUUCGAAAUACUCGGCAGCUGCGAGACAGCGAGCAGGAGAAAGACCGGACUCUGCUGAAGAKCGUAAUUAAGGUGUGGAAGGAGAUUAAGGCCCUGAGAGAGUUCCAGAAGUUCAUCAACACACCCUACAAGCUCUUCCUCAGAAAAGAGAAUGUAGACCAGGCGUCAGAUGAGCAGGUGUAUGAGGAUGAAAUCCUGGCAGAAGUUGUGGAAUUGGAGGCUGAGAAUGAGGAGGACUACCAACGAAAGCUGGCCGAGUACAGGAAACAGCUGGCAGAGUGGAAGCUCUCAAGAAGAAAACAGAAAGCCAAAAAGAAAAAGAGAAAAAAGAAGAAGAAAGGCCAGUUACAGGAUGACACAGAAGAAGAUGAAGUCCAUGAGUUGAGUGAAUCCGAAGGGCCUGAAGAAGAAGAGUGUCCAAAGCCAGAGCCUCCGGAGAGGCCAGACUUUGACUCAAUAGAGCAGCAAGUCAGAGAGAAGGCUUCCAGGAUACGCAGGAAACCAGGAGAGUCCGUCCUGAUUCCUGAGCUGCAUGCAUCUGGAAACAUCACAGCCAAUGACCUCUGCCCCAGGGCUGAAGUAGCUCGAAGAGAAGAUGUUGCAAGACGCUCUCUUUUCAUCAAGAUCCUGUACAAUGGCAAAGAAGUUUCCCGAACUGACAGCCGCUCCCUGAACACUGAUUUCAGAGUGCACUUUGGUCAGAUUUUCAAUCUCAAGAUAGUCAAUUGUCCUCAAAGCAUCAAUUUGCAGGUGUUUGAAGAGCUUGGAUCAUCGUGUUUCCUCCUGGCUCAAGUGUUCAUCCCUGUGCCAGAACCCUCUGUCUUAACGGGCAGCGUCCCUCUUGAUGAAUUUGAGUUCAGCAGCAACCAGAGAGUGAUGUUUGACCAUGAAGGAGUUGGAAGUGAUGUCCCCCUCUCCUUCGAGCCUGAUGGCAGUAACAAACAGACCCUGCUGACCUCUGGUAAACUGUCCUGCUGUGUUUCCUGGGGUGUUGGGGAUGAUGAUGUACCACUUGCCCCUCCUGUGUCUCAACAUCCUGGUGGCAUACACAGUGGCCUGGGCCGUCUCGAUGCUGUCACAUCUAUCGGGGCAUCUGGACUCUAUGACAUGAAAAAAAUUGGGGAGUGGGCCACGCAGUCAAGAUUGGACCCCAAUGACCCAAAAAACGCUUCCAUCAUGCAGCUGCUAAAAGUGGCCAGAAGUGGAGAGGUUACAGCUCCAGAGUACUUCAGACUAGAGCAGCUGCAGGAGGAGUUUAACUUUGUGACUGAUGAAGAGUUGGAGGGGUCCAAACGAUUUCGCCUGCUCAGGCUCAGGAACCAAGAAGUUGCAGAGUUCCGAAAUUACAAAUGUGUUCCUGGUCUGGAGAGGGAGGUCUCUGAUAAGGUUUUCCAGGAGUAUGAGAAGAGACUGAAGGAAGGAGAGAUAAUUGACACCAAAGAACAUCUGGAUUCACACAGAGCUCUAGUUGCCAAAUACCUUCAGAAGAUCCGAGAAUCAGUCAUCAACAGAUUUAUUCUUGCCAAGCAUCACUACCUCCUGUCUGACUUGGUGAUUGAAGAGGAGAUUCCAAGCAUCGGGAUCCUUGGAAUCAAUCUUUUCAAACUGGCUGAAUCCAAGCGGCCACUGAAACCCCAGAGGAAAGAGAGGAAGAAGGUGACAGCUCAGAAUCUGUCAGACGGAGACAUCAGACUGCUGGUCAACAUCAUCCGGGCCUAUGACAUUCCUGUCCGCAGACCGCAGAGCAAUAAACCAGGACAAUCCCCUCAGAGUGUCAUCCAGGGCAGCGACUGGCUGAUCGGACAGGUACAAGUGAGGCCAUUUGUGGAGGUUUCCUUCCAACGCACAGUACUUCAAACCACCACGGCAGAUGGACCAAACCCCUGUUGGAAUGAGGAGCUGCAGCUGCCAUUUAGUGCCCCAAAUGGUGACUACAGCAUUGCCAGCUUGCAGUCAGCCAAAGAUGAAGUCUUCAUCAACAUUUUUGAUGAGGUGGUUUAUGAAACUGGCGUGAGUGACAAAGACGGCGGGAAAUCAGUUCACACCCGAGCAGAGAAGCAUUGGUUAGGCUCUGUCAAGAUUCCCUUCAGCACUAUUUAUUCUCAGUCCAGGAUUGAUGGAACUUUCAAGGUGAACACGCCGGCAGUGCUGCUGGGGUACAGUAAGGAGCGGAGCCAUGGACCUAAUGGUGGUUAUGAUAUGCGAAGCCUGAGUGAGGGAGCAUUUAUCACAGUAUUCAUCACCAUUGAACCUCAGCUGGUGCCUGGGGAGCCUAUCAGGGAGAAGUUUGACAGCCAGGAGGAGGAGCACUUACUUCAGGCCUCAGAGAGAUUUGAGAGGGAUGCAGCACAGCGAUAUCCGGACAGACCCUGCAUUACCACUGUCAUAGACCUCAAUGGGAAAACGGUCUUCAUCACACGAUAUAUUCGGCCUCUCAACCCCCCACAAGAGUUACUGGAUGCAUUCCCUAAUAACUCCCAGGAAGUCACGGCCCUGGUUGCCCGGUUUGUUUCGCUCAUCCCAUCUCUGCCAGACAGAGUUUCCUUUUCUGGUGCCUGUGACCUGUGGAGUACCUGUGAUCAAUUCCUCACCCUCCUAGCAGGAGAUGAAGAGGAACAUGCUGUACUGUUGUGCAACUACUUUCUGUCAAUGGGCAAGAAAACCUGGCUGAUCAUUGGCACUGCGAUACCAGAGGGACCUACAGCGUAUGUCCUGACCUUUGAGCAGAGCCGCUACCUGAUAUGGAAUCCCAGCAGUGGUCAGUUCUAUGGCCAGUAUGACACCUUUUGCCCACUGCAGACAGUUGGUUGCCUGGUCAAUGCUGACAAUGUGUGGUUAAAUGUUCAACAAUACACUGCACCAAUGAGGAUGAGUUUCGACACCACUAAAUCAAAUUUGUGGAAGCCCUUUUUCUCCCGCUCAUUCUCCCACCCUGGACUGUCAAGCGUACAGCCAGAGGAGCUGAUGUAUCGACGCACAGACAAAGGAGCUGCAGCUGAGCUUCAGGACAGAAUUGAGAAGAUCCUGAAGGAGAAGAUCAUGGAGUGGCGUCCUCGUCAACCGACCCGCUGGAACCGCUACUGCACCACCACCCUCAAACAAUUCCUGCCCAAACUGGAGCUGAGCGGAGGGCGCGACGUGGCUGAGGGACACCGCCACGAGUUGCAGAGCCUGCUGGGAGACAACAGGAUUUCAGGAUUCCCCCUGCAUCUGCCCUUCUCAGAGAUUCGUCCCAUCAUAGAGGCAGUGUACAGCACUGGAGUUCACAAUAUCCAGGCAUCAAAUGUGGAGUUUGCCCUGGCUGUGUAUGUGCACCCUUACCCUAAUAAUGUCCUAUCUGCGUGGGUGUACCUGGCUUCACUGGUCCGCACAUGAGACACCGAACUCACUGUUUAUGCUGCUUUGAUAGAUGAAUGAAUUAUAGUUAUAUAUAGUAAAGCUCACUAGAUAUUAUGUUUCCAGACCACUGUAAGAUAUUUUUUGUAUAAAAUGUUGAUCAGGUAAAUAUAAAAAAUAUUUUGUCAUGAGUUUAAUAUCUUUUUGA